AUGACUGCUCCAGCAGACCUCCCGAAGAUGACGUACCGUUUCCUGGGCCGAUCCGGCCUUCAGGUCUCGGCCAUCUCGCUCGGAGGCUGGCUAACAUAUGGAGGAUACACCGAGAACGAGAAGACAUUCUCAUGCAUGAAGGCAGCGUAUGACAGCGGCGUCAACUUCUUUGACUGUGCCGAAGGCUACGCUGGCGGAAAGUCAGAGGAGGUCAUGGGCGAGGCGAUCAGGAAGUAUUCCUGGAAGCGCAACGACCUCGUCAUCUCAACCAAGCUCUACUGGGGCAACGCAAACGGCGACAACCCGGUGAACAACAACGGGCUCAGUCGCAAGCACAUCAUCGAAGGCAUGUCCGCCUCCCUGAAGCGCCUCGGGCUCGACUACGUCGACCUGAUCUACGCGCACCGCCCGGACCGCCACACGCCGAUGGAGGAGACAGUGCGCGCCUUCAACCACCUGAUCAACACGGGCCAUGCGCUCUACUGGGGCACGUCGGAGUGGAACGCGGACGAGAUCGCGACGGCGUGGCGUUUCGCCGACAAGCUGGGCCUCAUCGGCCCCGUCAUGGAGCAGCCGGCCUACAACCUGCUGCAGCGCGAGAAGGUCGAGAAGGAGUACGCGCACCUGUACCGCGAGGUCGGGCUGGGCCUGACCGUGUUCUCGCCGCUGCGCCAGGGCAUUCUCUCGGGCAAGUACCGGGACGGCGUGCCGGCCGACUCGCGCUUCGCCCAGGAGCAGGACGCGUUCAUCGCCGGCUACUGGAAGCGCACCGGCAAGUACGCGUGGGACGGCAUCAUCAAGCAGGUCAACCAGCUGCAGCCCAUCGCCGACGACCUGGGCAUCAAGAUGAGCCAGCUGGCGCUCGCCUGGGUCCUGAAGAACCCCAACGUGAGCUCGGCCAUCAUCGGCGCGACUAGCCCCGAGCAGGUCUACGAGAACGUGGGCGCCGUCGGGGCGGUCGACAAGCUGACGCCCGAGAUCAUGGACAAGAUUGACGAGAUCCUGGGCAACAAGCCGCCGGCUAUCGUUGCGAGAUUUGAUUGA